AUGCAGCUCAAUCUUUCCGCUCUUGUCACCCUGCUCGGGUUUUCUCUAGGAGCGCAGGCCCUUAGCGGCUACACAGCAACUUGCAACAGUGGCCACAUACAACCACCUGCUGCCGUCGCCGAUUAUUGGGACCUCAUUGCCAAUUGUCGGAAGCCGAGUGGGGCCUACCACGUACAGGCCGCCAUUCGUUUAGGGGACUGCUUGGGCAACAGCGGCGGUAAUCUGUUCUACCAGCGGAAGUAA